GGUAAGGGCAAACAUUCACAACUCCCACUGGCUGACUUCAUGAAAAGCCUGCAUGGCCUACAUUUGAACUUUAAUCUUUGGUAAGAUGAUCUGCCAAUGCACUGUUGCUAUGGGUUACUGCUAAAGAUAACACAGGGCUGAGAGUUUUAAAGUGCUUUGCAACAGUAACAUUUAACUGUGGUGUUAAGGAUCUUGAAUAUAGAGCAGACAGAUGGUGUGGUGAUGUAUACUCAGUGGGGGAGAUGCUGAAUGAUUGCAGACUGCCAUAGUAUUGAAAUAUUUUUCUGUGUUUUGAGAGGAGAUAUUGAACAGUUGCAGCUGGACCACGUUUGCCAUAGCAACCACAGGUUUUUGUAAAAUAACAAAUUGGAAUAGCCAAGAACUACAAGUGAGAAUUGUUUCAAAGAGCUAUACAUUUGAUUGAACAUUGCAGUGCUGUAGAAUUGAACUGUGCUGGAUUUAACUUUGUGUCAUUGUCAGGGCAAUAGUAAUUUUAACUCCAUAAUUACUAAGACAGUUACAUGUACAUGACUUUUUAACAAAAAGGUUUGGACUAAAACAAGAAAGAUCAUAAAGUGAUUUCAUAGAUUAAUUCCAAGUUUGGUCUUCCAUGUGGAUGUUUUGAAGCCUUAUAAUUAAAUACGAAAGAUGGCUGAUAAAAAGAAGAACUCCUCAAUAACACCUGUGGAAUUAAUGGAGGUGUGUGCGCGCAGGCAGCCUCAGAAAAACAUGAUGGACAACAUCCCCUUCUGCCAGCAAUGCCACAACAAGUUUGGGUUCAAGGUGUUUGUCUUCUUGCUCGUUCUUUGCCUUGACGCUGCAGACCUUGUCAGUGAUUGGCUGCUGUUUCGUGACGUUUGGUCAGCCAAGGAAGGCCUUGUAUAUGGACCACCAGAGGACGCCGUCAAAUAUUCUCUGAUGGCAUUCUCCAUUCUUGGAACUCUCACCUUUAUAUUUGAGAUAAGCAACCUUUGGUGGGAGAUAUUCCGCAGAAAUCCAUGGAUGGAUGUUGACCUACUUUCUGCAAUUGUCGUCUGGAUAGAGGAUGUUCCGCAGAUAGCCAUCAACGUUGUCAUAGUAGCAUGUAGAGAAGAAGCCAUCAGUUAUUUCCAGCUGGUGAAGGCCUCACUGAUUAUUGUGGGGGCAGUCAUACGCAUAAUUGUCACCCUUGUCCGAUACUGCAGCAAAUCUGCCCGCAAGGAUUUGGAAUGUGCCAAGGUGAAUACGGAAUCUAGACGCCAUGUUGUGUACCGUGUCUUUAUAAUGCUGGGACUGUUUGUAACACUGGGAGGAGCCAUUACGAUCUUUCUUUUUACGCAGUCAGAGAGAAAUCCAGAUGGAAGUCUGAAUUUCAAAGUUCCACACAGAAUUGUGGAGGGAGAAUUUGAUGAUCAAAAGUACUUCACUAAUGUAAGCAUUUAUUUCAGCCACAGCUAUUUUGAUUAUGAAGCAAACCCUUCUGCUGGGAGCAAGAACUUAAUACGCUUGAUAAAACUCAAUGACAUAAAGAGCACAAACAAUGACAAAAGUGUUCACAUAGAAUAUGAUGGAACCUACAAAUUUCAAAUUCUAGUUGAUGGACAGAAAGAGUGCUAUGCAAUCAGUAAGAGUACUACGCAAGUUACAAGGGAAACACCAUGUUCAGCACUAAUAAAUCCUCAACAAUUUGCAUUCACCUUUCACUUUAUCAAACCAUCCGUCCCCAGUUUAAUUUUUGGUGACAUCACCUACGCUUUGAAGACUGGAACCAGCACAAACUGUGAAACACCAACAUUUAAAGUAGUAGACAACCUAGCAACGCUUAUGAAUGACCCAUACAGUGCCCUGUUGAGAUACUAUCGAACUAAACCAGGAGUUACAGAGGACAACCAUAUCAGUAAGACAUCAACAACUCUCCAAUUUUAUCAUGCAAGUGAUUUGAUAGACAUUGCUGAUGUGUGGAAGACUGGCUUUGCUUACUGCAAGAGUAGCGGCAGUCCAGCGCCACACAAGGGGGACAACUUAAAUGUUAAGUGUCUGUGAUAACAGCUGCAGUUCUGGCACUUUCUUGUUGCUGUUCACACAAAAAGGACAACUUGGAUGUACACUAUCAAUGAGAAGAUCUACAGUUGUGACCCUUUGCUGUUACUUUUACACAAAAUGGAAAUCUGAAUGACAAUAUCCUUGAGCUUUGAAGUUGUGGCCCUUCAUUACUGUCACUGUCAACAAAAGGGAUAUAAGAUGAAGUGUCAGUGAGAAUGCCUCCAGUUAUAGCCCUUUUGUGGUAACUGAUCAAAACCAAAAUGCUUGAAUAUUUUAAAACAAAUAUGAACAAUAGUUUUACUUUGUUAUUGUUGCUCUUCUAAGGGAAAAUGCUGGAAUUUUUUCCUACUUGUAUGGUUUCCAUAAUCAACUUAUCAAGAUUAUAUUUGAAAGCGUUUUUUACAGACAUGAAUAAUAUUUAUUGUUA